AUGUCUGGCUUUCAGGACAGCCUAGUCUUACAGGUACCACCUCUGCCAAACCCACUGCCCUGGGCCGUGUAUAUGCCGCAGAUGCCCGGACAAGGGAGCCCAGCCAGCAUGCUGACCGAAAUGGCGGCUGACGACCAGGGUGGCUUUGACGGCUACGGCGGUAACCAGCAGCAGCCCCAACAGCAAAUCCAGUGCAUGGUGUGCGGGGACAAGGCAAGCGGCAAGCACUACGGCCAGUUCACAUGCGAGGGCUGCAAGAGCUUCUUCAAGCGCAGCGUGAAGAAGAACCUGAGCUUCAGAUGCCAAGCCAACCAAGACUGUCGCGUCGAUCAGCACCGUCGCAACCGGUGCCAGUACUGCCGCUUCAGAAAGUGCCUCGACGUCGGUAUGAAACCAGAAGCAGUGCAAAGCAACAGGAGACCGCCCACCCAGCCAGCCCACGGGCCAUCUGCGCUGACCACCCGGCAACCCUCCGACUGCUAUCCGAACCUGUCUGGGUAUGUUUCUCUGCUCCUCAGCGCGGAGCCCAACCCCUUGCCUUGGUCAAGCUGCCAGUUCAUACCGCCCAACACCAUCCUCAGCCUCGAGGACAUUUGCGAACAGGCUGCGCGGAUGCUCUUCGGCGCCGUGGAAUGGGCCCGGAACAUACCCUUCUUCCCGGCCCUGCCGCUCAGCGACCAGGUGGCCAUGCUUCGCCUUACCUGGUGCGAGCUGUUCACGCUGAACUGGGCGCGGUGCUCCAUGCCACUCCAUGUGGUCUCGUUCCUGGCCUCGACCUGCUUACACAACACGCCCAUGUCUUCGGACCAAGUUGCCGUCUUUAUGGACAACGUCCGGAUCUUCCAAGAGCAAACCGAGAAGCUCAAAGCUCUGCAAGUCGACCCCACCGAGUACAGCUGCCUCAAGGCCAUCGUCCUGUUCACUUCAGAUGCCAGCGGUCUCUCCGAUGCGGCGCAAGUGGAAAGCUUGCAGGAGAAGUCCCAGUGCGCCCUGGAGCAAUACGUUAGGAACCAGUACAGGGACCAACCAACGCGAUUCGGAAAGCUUUUGCUUCGCCUCCCUUCCUUCCGCACCGUGUCCUCCGCAGUCAUAGAGCAGUUAUUUUUCAUCCACCUGGUAGGUAAAACCCCCAUCAAAACCCUCAUCCGGGGUAUGUUACUGUCAGGUAACAGUUACAGCAGUAAUAACUAG